CAAAACUUCUACUACGAGUCAAUGCUUCGAGAUGCUGGCGGCAUGACUACACUGACACCUCCGAGCUCUCGACUUCGCCGCGGAGGCAUUCUCUAUGGUCAGAUGUACAGUCUCACCAAGGAGAUCAUAGACGCCGCUCGCACGUUUCCAUUUCAAAAUCCAGUUCUACGGCACUUGGCAUUAGACCCCCAUUCUGUUUUUGUUGAUUUUGUCUGGCACAAUAUUAACAAGUUUACAACCGGGUUUGAGCUGGUCCGAGCCCAACGAGAGCUGCCCCAACCAGUGGGCUUGCCACAAGUGCGUUAUGGCCUUGGCUUUAGCCAAACACUAGAGCAGUAUGGCUACUGUUGGAUUGAGCCUAGCAUCAACUGGACUCUAUUGAGGUUUCUUCCAGGUCUUACUGAUUCGGUCUUAUUUGGGAAUGGCACCCUUCAUCAACGAUAU